CAAGAACAUCGUAUGAUUCGAAUCAGGAAUUGAAACUAAAGUAGAAAAAACAAUGUGUACCAAAAUCCGAAUCAAAAGAAAAUAUAGUAUGAUAAAAAAAAAUGAAUGACGACAUGAACUACAAAACAUGGCAACAUAUUUUUCCCGCGUCCAAAAAAGAAAUCCCAAUCUUCUCAAUCCCAGGCAUCGAAAUAAUCUCCACUCUGUUUAAAACCCAAACUUAAAAAAGCCCAAGAAAAAAAAAUGUUGUUGUCAUCAGCCUCCCAUCAUCACCACCUCACCACCCACCUUCCUAAUUUUAUUCGUAUUGGAAUUUGCAUCCGCUUUGUUUCUUCCUCUACUGGUUUUUCUUCCCCUUAUAAAAUUCAAUCUCCUCGUUGCUUCUCCUUCAAACAAAACCUUGUUCACAGCAACGCCAAGAAUCCCUUUUGCGUGUUUUCCACCAGAGCAAUAAUGGGUUCCCUCUCUGUUCUUGACGAGCCUUUGAAGUACCCAACAGCAAGGCGGGACGAUUCUGUGGUUGAUAAUUAUCAUGGGGUUCUGGUGCCUGAUCCAUACAGAUGGUAAUUUCUGGUUAAAAAAAUCUUAUCUUUACUUUUGUUUAUUUGUUUAUAGGUUGUGAUUUAAAGACUUUUUUUAAGGCUCGAGGACCCGGAUUCUGAGGAGACGAAGGAGUUUGUGGAGAAGCAAGUCCAAUUAACUGAUUCUGUGCUUAAGAAAUGCGAUACUAGGGAAAAGCUUCGCGAAAAGAUUACGGAGUUGUAUGAUUUUCCUCGUUAUGACGCUCCUUUUAGGGCUGCCAAUAAGUAUUUUUACUUCCAUAACACGGGUCUUCAACCCCAGAGUGUUCUCUAUGUUCAGGAUGGCUUAGAUGGGGAGCCAGAGGUGUUGCUUGAUCCAAAUGGGCUGAGUGAGGAUGGUACUGUGGCGUUGAGUACAUAUUCUGUCAGUGAGGAUGCAAAAUACUUGGCAUAUGCAAUCAGUUCCAGUGGAAGUGACUGGGUCACCGUUAAAGUCAUGCGGAUCGAAGAUAAACACGUGGAGCCCGAUACUGUAUCAUGGGUGAAGUUUUCUAGUAUCAGUUGGACCCAUGACAGUAAAGGCUUUUUCUACAGUCGGUAUCCAACACCCAAGGAGGGAGAUAACUUGGAUGCUGGGACUGAGACCAAUGCUAACUUACAUCACGAGCUAUAUUAUCAUUUCUUGGGGACUGAUCAGUCUGAAGAUCUUUUAUGUUGGAAUGAUCCUGACAAUCCGAAGCAUACACGAGGUGCUUCUGUAACCGAAGAUGGGAAGUAUGUUCUCCAAUAUAUCCACGAGAACUGUGAUCCAGUGAAUAAACUGUAUUAUUGUGAUUUAUCUGCCCUGCCUGAUGGGCUUGAAGGUUAUAGAGGGAAGAACAGUCUUCUUCCCUUUGUAAAGCUUGUUGAUAGUUUUGAGGCUUCUUAUGAAUGUGUUGCCAAUGAUGGUUCCGUUUUUACCUUUCGGACUAACAAAGAUGCUCCAAGAUACAAGCUUGUCAGAGUUGACUCAAAUGAACCGACUUCUUGGACAGAAGUCCUGCCAGAAUCUGAGAAGGAUGUGCUUGAAACAGCAGUUUCUGUGAGUGGAAAUCAACUUAUAGUGAGCUACUUAAGAGAUGUAAAAAAUGUUCUGCAGUUGAGGGAUUUGAAAACAGGAGCUCUUCUUCAUGACAUACCGUUUGAUAUAGGGACGGUGUCUGACAUUUCCUCUCGACGAAAAGACAGCACCAUCUUUAUUAAGUUUACCAGCUUUCUAGUCCCUGGAAUUAUUUAUCAAUGCAACUUAGAUUCCCAGGUCCCGGAAAUGAAAAUUUUCAGAGAAAUCAUAGUUCCUGGCUUUGAUCGAACUCAAUUCAAAGUGGAUCAGGUUUUCGUUCCUAGUAAAGAUGGUACUCUUAUCCCUAUGUUUGUGGUGUCUAAAAAGGAUAUAACCUUGGAUGGAUCACACCCUUGUUUAUUAUACAGCUAUGGCGGUUUUAAUAUUAGUCUUACGCCGUAUUUCAGUGUUGCUCGUAUUGUGAUCGCAAAACAUCUGGGUGCUGUAUUUUGUAUUGCGAAUAUUCGUGGAGGUGGUGAGUACGGAGAAGAAUGGCAUAAAGAUGGAGCCCUUGGAAAAAAGCAGAACUGUUUUGAUGACUUCAUUUCUUGUGCUGAGUAUGUUAUAUCUGCUGGUUACACACAACCUGCAAAGUUGUGCAUUGAAGGUGGAAGUAAUGGUGGCCUUUUAAUUGGGGCUUGCAUCAAUCAGAGACCUGAUCUUUUUGGUUGUGCUCUUGCCCAUGUUGGUGUGAUGGACAUGCUUAGAUUUCAUAAGUUCACUAUAGGCCAUGCAUGGACCUCUGAUUAUGGUUGUUCUGAGAAAGAAGAAGAAUUCCAUUGGCUUUUCAAGUACUCUCCACUUCACAAUGUCAGGAGACCAUGGGAACAAUCUUCUGAUAAGUCCUGUCAGUAUCCCUCUACAAUGCUGUUGACAGCUGACCACGAUGACCGGGUUGUGCCAUUGCACUCGCUGAAACUUUUGGCGACCUUGCAAUAUGUUCUGUGCACAAGCUUAGAGAACAGCCCCCAAACCAACCCAAUAAUCGGUCGCAUAGACACCAAGGCGGGGCAUGGAGCUGGUCGACCAACAAAGAAAAUGGUAUAUCAUAAACAUUCUAGUUCUUACUUUCCGAUGUAUGGCCUGAUAGAUUCUUUUCCAUAGAGAUAUUGACCCUAUUCUGCCUUUCGGACAGAUUGAUUCGGCUGCAGAUACAUUUAGUUUCAUGGCAAAGGUUGUAGGUGCAUCCUGGGUGGAUUAGUUGGUUGAUGCUCUAGAAGAAUCCCAAUUCCACCGAAAGUGGAAUAUGGUAUUAAUUUUCAUCAAUGUUGUAUCUAGACCAUUUAUUAGGUUUGUUUGCAUGAAGCCAUAAAAACUUAAUGGUCAUUUUAGUUAUGAUUUUCUGCAAAUUAUCAAAAGCAUGGCAGAAAUAUGAGAGGAAAGUGAAUUUGUAGCAGUUUCAGUUAUAAAUACAAUCGGAAGUUUCAUACAAUGCCCAGAACUGUUUGUAUUGGCAGUACCUUUUUUUGUUUCCAUUUUGUACAGCGUUUACGAAUACAGUGUUAACUUCAUAGUUCAUACCAUGAAAUGAUCUUCUUUCAUGGAAGAAGAUACUCCCUUUUCAUUUCAGGGGUUUAUUCAUUACGGACUAAUUUAUGAGAAUAUCUCUUUGGGAUACUGUAGUUUGUUUCACCUUAAACUAGGAUUCAAGGGGUGGAAUGCUAAGCUCGUAUCUGAAGAAAUUUGUGGGAUCAACAGCAGCCUUGUCUCGAGCCAACCUAUAGAAAUUGUUCUUGAAAUACUUAAAUCCCCAAGCACUAUCUUCAAAGCUGAUAUUCUCUUCCUCAUUAAAUCCCAAAUCCAAAUCUCUAUAAUUAUAGUAAGCAAGUCUGGGAGAUUUAGACACAAAUGAAGCCAUAUAUUCAUAAGCCUCUCUAAUCCAGUCAAUGUGAUUAUGAGAAUCUGCAUUUUCCUCUGCAUCCCAAGACACCAGAUACUGUAUUUGGAACAAGUUUCCAGCUCUAUGCGGGAAUGGAAUUUCAGACUCGGAAAUCUCAGCCAUUCUUCCACCAUAAGGGGCGAAGAUCAGCUGAGGUCUUGGAGCUGGAGAAGCCAUAAAUCUUUUCCACAACCCUUCAAAUGCAGCCUCAGGAAUGGGCUCAAUGACAUAGUCAGAUUUUGCCUUGUAAUAAUCGUUGGGAUAAGGAGUUGUUCUGGCCAAAUCCUUCACAGUUGAUCCACUUGGAAGGUCAGAGAAAUAAAGUGCAGAUUCAAUCCAUGUCAUCUCUUUGCAAUCACUCCUUUUCAAUCCUAACUCAGGGAAGCUUUCUUUCAUCACUAACAAAAGCUUGUCAGCCCUUCCAAGGAAAAUGGAAUUGAACUUGAUUUCCACUGUGGUUUUCCCGUUUUUCGUUGUCCCCGGAUCUACUCGGAUUCUGAUGAACAAAUCCCUAUUCAAUUUUGGGGCAAUGGUUUGCCAGAGAUGAACAAGUUUAGUGGCAUUUUGUUCUAGAGUUUUGUUCACUGUAAAAACAGUGACUACAGAAGGAACAUGGACCAAACUGAUCUUGUAUGCAAGAAUUACACCAAAACUGGCUCCUCCACCACCUCUAAUAGCCCAGAACAAAUCUUCUCUCAUUGAUUUCCUGUCAAGAAUUUCACCAUUUGCAUUGACAACUUUAGCAUCAAUAAUAUGGUCAGCUGCUAUGCCAUAUUUCCUUGACAAUGUGCCUUCCCCUCCUGCACUUAAAUGUCCACCAACCCCAACAGUAGGACAAAGACCAGCUGGAAACCCAAGAUUUUGGCUUUUUUGGGAAAUUUUGUAGUAAAGUUGUCCAAGAGUACCACCCCCUUCAACCCAAGCUGUCUUUGCCUUUGUGUUGAUGGAAAUUGAUCUCAGUUUCUUCAAAUCAAUAAGAACAAAAGGGCUGUUCUUGUAGUAGGAAAUUGAUGACAAACCUUCAUAAUCAUGGCCUCCACCUCUAGUUCUAACUCGCAUUUUGUUAACUUUCGCACAAGUAACCACUGAUUGAACCUGAAGGUAAUUUAUUGGGGUGACUAUAACCAAAGGCUUCUGCUCAAGAGGUGAUCUGAGCCUGAGGUUCUGAACUGAUGACAGAAAGAUGGAAUUGUAAGAAGAAUCAUUUGGUGUAAAGACGAGUUUGGUAUUGCUUUGAUGAUAAUCAUGAAGACAUUGAAGAAACCUUUCCUCCUGGCUUCCACUUUCAGCCCAAAUGUUUCUCCAGGAAACAGAGGAAAAGAACAGAAAGCAGUAACAAAGAAAAUAAGAGGUCGGAAAAUUAACAUUUGAAGUCCUCAUUUUUCUUUUUCCUUGCAUGGUUUGGAGAGUUUAAGCAUGGUCUAUUUAUAGUUUUAGAGUCGCUUUCUUAAACGUUCCAGUCUUUUUGUAUCCUUCCAAAUUUCUGGUCAAGAUUUGAUUGAACUGUUUAAGGACAGGAGCAGUGGAUGGAUUUCAGUAAUGGAUUAUGGAGAGUUUGGUUUUAUUUCUUUUCUUGCUGC